CAUACAAAACAAAGAAAACGUUAGAAUUCGACAUAAUGUUUACGCUUUAAAAGUUUUGCUCGUACCUUAAUUUCGUUGUGUAUUCUCGAUGAGACGCGUAAACCUUUUAAAAGUGUAAUGCUGCUGAAAUACAACAUAGAGGACGCUCAAAAGAUGCAGAGGGUAGGUGUAUACGAUCGAGUGGAUAAAAUCGGGGAAGGUACCUAUGGUGUGGUGUACAAGGCGAAAGACAUUCGGACCCAAAACUAUGUAGCACUCAAACGAAUUCGGCUUGAUAACGAAACGGAAGGUAUACCGUCAACGGCAAUGCGUGAAAUUUCUUUGCUGAAAGAUCUGAAGCAUCAUUCAAUAGUGGAGCUUUUCGACGUAGUCAUAAUAGAUGCGAGCAUUUACAUGGUGUUUGAAUAUUUGGACAUGGAUCUAAAGAAAAUGCUAGAUCGUCACAAAAGUAGUUUCACGCCGAUGCUUGUAAAGAGUUACAUGCACCAAAUGCUGGAUGCCAUCGCGUACUGUCAUUUGAACCGUAUACUCCACCGGGAUCUUAAACCUCAAAAUCUGCUAAUCGACCGGGAGGGUCACAUUAAACUGGCAGAUUUUGGAUUGGCACGGGCAGUAAACUUUCCUAUUAGAGUGUAUACACACGAGGUGGUUACGCUUUGGUACCGUGCGCCAGAGAUACUGCUGGGAACCAAAUUUUACUGCGUUGGCGUUGACACCUGGAGUUUGGGAUGUAUCUUUGCCGAGAUGAUUCUUAAACGGCCGCUCUUCCCGGGAGACAGCGAGAUUGAUCAACUAUUUAAGAUAUUUCGACAAAUGGGUACGCCUGACGAAACGAAAUGGCCCGGCGUUUCGCAUUUAUCGGAUUACAAAGAAUCCUUCCCUUACUGGGAACCGCAACCACUGCCAAAUGAGAUGCAGCACGACCUCGAUGCACAUACUUUAUUUUGUGAACUUAUGCAUUACGAUCCAACAAAACGACUUUCUCCAAAAAGCGCAAUGAGCCACUCUUAUUUCGAUAAUGUAAGCCUGGUACCACCAGAGCUUUAGUCCUAAUGCAACCGAAACUGAUUGAUCAAUUAAAUUUGCGCAUUAAAACCUUCGACGAUGAUCUCGCAAUUCCGCCUCAAACUCUGCGCCGACAGCUUCCGCAUGGAAUAGUUGCAAAAGACAUAAAAAACGUUUAAGACGACAAAACACACAGGACGUUGAUGGACAUGUUCAGAGAUGAAACAGCUGAGCAUAACUUACAUGUGGCAUAAAAAACGUUUUUACUCAGAUUGCAAUUUCAUGGGCAACCGCUUCGUACAGUACGUAUUGAAAUAGUCAUAGAUUGUAUAUGGCCACUCUGCAAACCGAUUGUGACAAAUUGUUUACGUUUUGCGCAAUAAACUCUAAAACAUGGUGAGUGAAAUUAA